UGCUUUUUACCGCGUUCCAUCUCUUUCUCUCUCUUCUCUUUUAUACGCACUCAAGAUAACGUCAAAACAGAAGCUGACGGUAAGCACGCGGACAGUAUCGCUCAAACGCGUGUGUGAUUCAAUUGUGCCGUUAAGUGCUACAUAAGCGUGUCGGUAUUAAUUAGAAAAUUAUAACUUUCAUCAAUGAUGUCUGUUUAUAGGACGACGUCACCAUUGACGACGUUUUACAAUAAUGAUUACCGACCCGAUGACGAACCACCCCCCGAAGCUAUUCUUGAAGAGAAAAGAAUUUUAGGUCAUCAUUUGCGACGUCCAUCCCCUACAAGAUGGGCACCCUCAUUGAAUUCCUCCAUGCAACCACCAACAACAUUAAGGCCAGGAACCAGUCAAUCUAUGCGAGUCCGGACAUCCGGCAGUUCACCAAGAAGAAGUUUGCAACGUUCCACUGCAUUUAGAAGUAAACGGUCAUUGACGAUCACAGAUCGUGGCCGAACAGCGUCUAUGCCUGCAGUGCCAGUAACUCACGUUUCAAAACUAUUACGUUUAAGUCUUUUGAAAUGUAUAUUGGCUCUUUAUUGGAUAGUUAUCAUACUUUACUUGGAUCCGGAUCCUGUUAUAUUGAUCAGAAUCAAAGCUCAACAUCUUGAAACAGGUUCUGGUCCAAAAGCAACGGUUUUAUUUUUAGUGACAAAAUACUUAAAAAGUCUAAUCAUUAUUAUCCAUGCCAUUAAAUCAAUCGAUAUUUUAAAUAUUAUUAAUGAUGUCCGUUUACUCGAAGAACGUAUAAAUUGUAAAGCUCCGAAAUAUUACACUGGAAUAGCAGCUUUAGUUGGAGUUUUAUUUACGAUAUUUGAAGUUAUAUUUGAUUAUCAAUGGCAAAGUCUUUCUACACCUAAAUGGAUAUUCUAUUUAGAGGGUAUUUCAAGAGUGUGCUUGUUCAGCAUAGAUUUACAAUUUUUUGAUCUUUGCAUUCGUGCAGCUGCUAUGUAUAAAAAACUAAAUAAAAACCUCAUAUUAGUGUAUCGUUUUAAAAAAACUAUACAACAUAACAAAGGUAUUGAAAAUUUAUCCAAAACCAAUAUGGAGUUUAUGAAUUUAAACAAAAUAUCGACUAAAAUAAAUCAAUCAUACUCGAGCCAAUUGUUUUUAAUAGUUGGGUUACAUUUUUAUUCCGUACUAGUCAAUGUUUAUUUGUUUGUAUUUCACACAUUUGCGUUGGGAAUACCAUGGACAGUGAUUCUCAAUUUGCGAUUUCUAAAUACUUUAUGGCGGCUAAACAUCAUUUGCGGAGCAGCUCAUUAUACUGUCAAUCAGGCUCUGCACGUGUACCGAAAACUAGGUCAGUUACGAACGUCAUGUGUGGGACCCAAAGAUAUCGAAGAGAUUGAAAUAAUUUUUUUUCAAUACAACGUGGAAAAUUUAUCAUUUACAUUAUUUGGAAUAAUGAAAUUGGAUUUUUCGUUAAUGCUGUUGCCUAGUUUUGGUCAUGUACCUAGACCAGAUGGACCUGUAUUAGAAGAGUAUCGAUUACGAAGUUUCUCAAUUACAGCUAGUGGAGUAUGUAACUUGGGUGAUUUUGUACGAUACGCACCACCGACAGCUACCACUUCUUCUCAACACUUAACAAUUUCAAAACGAGACAGCAGUCCGGCUUCGGUUUCUAGUUCCCCUUUACAUCAAAAUAUUGCAGCUGCAGCUCACACUGUUUGUACAGAAUUUUCAAGAUUUCGCAAACCUAGCACUGCACUAAUUAGUAAAUUCAAAGCAAAUGAUACUGUUGAAUCAUACAAAGUUGCGUUGCUCGGUGCACCUGGUGUUGGUAAAACUACCAUAUCCGUCCAGUUCUCUACAUCUGAAUACAUAUGUGUGUACGACACAUCAAUUGAUGAAGAUUGUGCCUGUAGGACCAUAAGAGUAAUGAUAAACGGGCAAGAGGCUGAAUUAACUAUUAUUGACAUACCUUACAAAGAAAUGUCGAUUGAAACUCUGUGCUCUACUUACAAUCCAAAUGUGUUUAUAGUAAUGUAUUCUAUAGUAGAUGAGAGAAGCUUUGAUAUUGCCGAACAAAUGUUGCUGUUUUUAUGGAAAGGAGAAUACAUUCACACAAAAGGAGUAAUUUUGGUCGGAAACAAAUCCGAUUUAGAAAGGACACGAAGAAUUCAGACUAAUGUUGGUCGAAGUUUGGCGUUCAGUUGGAAUUGCAAAUUUAUUGAAACGUCAGGCGGUAUUGAUCACAAUGUAGAUAAGCUGUUAGUUGGUAUUUUAGCCCAAAUCAAACUAAACCCGCUCAGAGAAAGAAUGUAUAAUAGUAAAAGAAAAAAAUACAGUGUUACAAGGCUGUAUAAGAAUUUUUUGGCUGCUCUUAGAGGUGUAAAAUCCAGUGAGAAUUUAUUUAGUAUUUAAUUUGACUGAAAACAUUUUUUUAUGGACCAAAAUUAAUUGUAAUUUAAUUUAUUGUGUUUUUUUAUGUACCUAAAUAUCAUGACAACAUAUUGCAUAUCUUAAAUAAAUAAGAAUUUUGUUUGUACAUAAGGAUAAUUUUUUUAUCAGUUGAGAAAAUAAAUCCUCUUUAAAAUAAUAUUUUAACAGUUUUUUAAAACAUAAUAAAAUAUAUUUUAUAAAUAAACAGAGUUAAAUGAUUUUAACAAAACCAAUCAACAAGCUUGACUAGAGGAAAUCUAUAGCUUUCGGAUAUCAGAUUUUUUCCUUAAAGCAUAGCAUAAAAUAUAUAACUUAAAUUAUGACUAUAUAAGGUGAUCACUUUAAUAUUAUAUGCUAAACCACGCGAUAUCUUUAAUCGAGGUUGCCAAUAAUAAUAGACGAUGAAAACAUAAGUUAGAUUUGUAAUCGAGACUUUUGAAUAUAAUUAACACAUAUCAUUUAUUUAGCUACAUACAAUGACUUUCGUGUAUUUUUAACAUCACUAGGUUUGAAAAAAGAAAUAAAAGUAAUUUUUAAGUUUUAUCGCAAGUUUGUUUAGCUUUAAAACUUCAAUAAAUUAUGCAGGUUGUCUCGAGUAUAAUUGACAAUGCUUAAAACUUUU